GCGAACAAAGGUCUGUCUCUCUCUCUCUCUCUCUCAGGUGCGGAACAAACCGGUGGUCUGUGACCCACUCCAACCCACACCGCUGCUGUCGUGGCUCGAAGAGGAUUCAUUCGGACGCCGAGCCUCCUUGUUUUCUGCCAACCUCAGCGAAGCUCAGCGACGGGAAGGACAAGAGAAGUGGACGUCGAGCAAGGGCGUAGCGGACGUGAGCGCCACGACUGGAUGGUUCGAGCGUUUGGCCCUGUGCCAUGGUUCCUGGUCGUCAUUGGAGUCAGGGUGAUGGGCAGAGAUGAUGAGUUCAUGUUCUGCAACGUGAAACUGGACCUUAAUAUGGAGAACAACUGUGUGUGGUCUGCCACGGCAAACGAAGCACCCUCUCUGAAGCCUGGCACAGUACCCGGCUGCUUUCAGGAGUGCUAUGAGAGCUCGACCAUCCACACCGAUCCCGUCUUUGGAGGCUUUAAGAUCGUGAUGACACCCACGGGGGAGCGUUGGAAGACCUGCGACAUCCCCGGUUCCAAUUUGUCUUUCGCCUGCGUGCCUUUGGCGGUGACCUGCGCUUGGUCUUUGUUUGAUACUUUUCCCAACAGUUGCACCACCGUCACACUCUUCGAUGCCAACUUGAUCUGGGGAAAAGGGGAAAAACCCAUGGGACAUGCCUUUUUGGCCUUUUUCUCCUACAGCAAUUACUACAAAGAUGACAAAGGAGAGACUGGCUCACAGCGGACGUUGGACGUCCGAGUGAUGCUGCGCUCCAUUAGUGCAGGGAAGGAGAAUGCCAUGUGCUCUGGAUCCUUCCAGGUUCAGAAUGGCAGCUGCUUUGGCAUAAACACUGGGUCCAACCGAUACAAUGCGGAAGCCACCGAGCCCUUGCCUGCGCCGACCCUGGACGGGGAGCCCCCCUGGCCCAUUCCGGACUACAUCAAAACGCCCAGCAAGGCGGAUCAACUUGGCCCCCUGUGGAUCGCUCUUUGCGUCCUCUUGAUCUGCGCACGCUGCGCCUGCCGCUUCUACUUCCGCCGGCGGCGCGCCGCGGACGCGGCACGGCUCCAACAAAGCAUCUAGAGGGAAAAGAGGCGACCGGUGCUUGCUCAGCAGCGAGAGUGACUACAGCAAGCAGCACGGCUCUUCUGAGUUUCUAUCUUCUAUACCAACGGUAUCAAAUCGUUAAGAAUGGCAAAUAAU